AUGUGGGGAGUCAAGUUGUCACAAGAUGAGCCAUUCGUCUACUCCAUAUUUGGGCUUCAAUACCGUGAUGAUAAAUCAACCGCCGAAAAAGAUUCUAUGAGACAAACAUUCGACGCUCUUAUAGACAACAAACCCAUUCAUAUCGACCGUAUCAUCCAAGAAAAUUCCAUCACGACAAACCCUGGGAGAACUUGUGUCUGGCUUGGGUAUUGGAAAUCUCGCACAGAUUACCUUGACUGGUGGAUGAGCCAACCGGUAUCACAGUUCUGGGCAUCGCUCCCCUUAGACGCCGGAAUGUGGAGAGAAAUGAUGAUGCCAGAUGCAUCUCGCACACAGUAUGUUGUCGACAAAUCCGGAUACUGGGGCUGUUACCGGCAACGAAUGGAUGCAUCAACCAGCGAUACAUUCGCGACGCACCUUGGAAAAGAUUUAGAACCUUGUCCUGCUAUACUAACCUCACCCGACCGCGUUUCCAUCCGCUCUGAGCGCAUUCUCAUGACUCAGUUUCCCGACAACAUUUGCUUCGUCGUCGAAGGCCAAGACCACUCCCAAAUCACCCCGGGAGAAAAAGCUUACUGGUUUCAGAACUUCCACCAAUCCGUGCAAACCUGGAUAAAGGAUCUCAUGUCCGCGGAACCAGACUCUGGGAUUCUUGAUGGCCGUUUAUGCUUUGACACUGACAGUGGGAUCUUUGGAAAUUCCACGACCAAGGCGCUGAACUAUAACAAAAAGAUCCAGUUGUUUUAUUUCAAGGAUUUGCGUCAUAUGGAGCGUAUCGGGCGUAGUAACAAAGGACAUGUGCAGCUGCGAGAACGCUUUAUGGCGGCAUAUGGCCCCGGUGGGGAAAUGUGUGCUGGGAAGAUCGGGUUGUGGGUGGAGACGACGGUGCUUAAAGCAGGUGAAAUGGAAUGUGAAUACGUCGGUUGUUUGGAAGGAACAGGAUGGAUGGCGUGGGCAGGCAACCGUGGAUUCCAAACUGUCUAG